UCCUCUGCUUAAUGCGCCACCUCUGCGCAGUGCCGUUGUGCAACGUUCCUAUCGAUUUUGCCGUUCUUACGUCGGCAUUAUUUGGGUAUUUUGGAACUUGUGUUACCUUCCCGUUUUUACACCGACGUGUGAGUGAGUGCGUGGCGAUAGUGAACAAGCUGCGGAUAGUUCCUUUCAAGAACCUCAUCAUUUUGUAUGCAAUCACGAUUUUGACCGCACAUGCCAGAUAUGUGCGCGGCAGCACACCACUAUCACUACGGCGAUGGCCGUGCUUCGAGCGCAGAAAUGUAUCUGCACCGGCUUUCGGGCCAAGAAAAGGAGCCGCACAUUGUGAGUGUCGACCACAGUUACGCCAAGGCGUGGAAUGCCCACCCGGACUCGCACCAUGCGAAACCAGCAAAGCUUCUUUUCAUGAAGGAUGUAUUUUUUUCUGAGAGCAAGACGGGAAUCCGUGAAAAUGUUGUGGUGAAUGUGGAAACUUGGAAAGGCGUGGAUGCACCUCCGUACGAUGGGAGCAAGACGCGUAACCUUAUGAGCGAAUGCGAGCGCAGCGCGUCCGUUUCAUCCCGGCCGGACAUAUCCACGUGGGAUGAAAAUGUGAAAAGGUUGGGCUGGACCAAUUCUCAGCAUCGAGCGUUCAACCAUGUUAUGCGGCUCCUUCACGCGGACCGGUUGGCACGACUAGCCUACAGCAACAAUGCCAACGAGCCAGUCCUGCGGCGACUGGCCGUGGACCGCACUGCUCGUCGGCUGAGGCGCAUCAUGGGCUUAUUUAGCUGGGACUUGAAACUGCUUCAGUGGCUGCAUCAGCUGUUGAUGGAAAAAGCUACUGCCUCCUAUGUUGCAGCCUACUUGGAUGCCUUGCAAGCCCUGAGGGCCCAGAUCCCUCAGCUCAUCGACAAGCUGGUGGCUCGGCAAGCUACGCCCGGGCGCUCGACCGGCCCCGAUGCCGUGGGUAUGCUGCUGCGGCGUCCCUGGGACCCAGUGGCGCCUUUCCUGAGUCAGCACAAGCCGAAACGGCUGCCUUGUUCUCCUCUGCUGGUAGUGUGCCCAUGCGGUCCACGACCCCAGGCGGCUGGUCUGCCCCGCUCCAAAUUUUGGACCUCCCAGCUGUCCGUGUUGGGCAAGUUGGUGACUGUAGAUCCCGUGCCGACUACGCCGCCAAACGCCAGCCUCAACCAGGUACUCGAGGCCAUGGUGGCUGCUGCACGGGCCAAAGUGCUUGAGCUCAAGAGCCAUUUUUCGUCGAGGCCUAUCAUCUUAAUUGGAUGGAUGAUAGGCGGCCUUGUAGCAUGUCAAGUUUCAUUGUUGGAGUCCGUUUCCGCUGUUGUGUGCUUCGGUUUUCCGCUCGUUGGGUUGAGUGGAUCUCGAGAUGUGGAUGACCCGCUGCUGGAUAGUCACACACCCACACUGUUUGUGGUGGGCCAGAAUGCCCUGUCGUGCAGCAUGGACGAGCUGGAGAACUUCCGAGAACACAUGAAGGCAGUGUCGGGCCUCGUGGUGGUUGGAGGAGCCGAUGAUGCACUCCACAUGUGUGCUCUCAAAAAGCGCCUUGAGGGCGUCACUCAGUCAAUGGUGGAUCGGUGUGUCUUGGAUGAAGUUGGGUCGUUUCUGCAAUGGGUGCUUAGUGCACCACACAUGGGUCCAGCUGGAAGCAUAGCAUCUAAAGCCACAGCUGCUACAGGUACAUCUCUUGCUGCACGGCGAUGUUCGCAGGCUCCACUGCCUGACAGCUCAUGCCAAGGUACCCUUGGUCGUCAUCAAAGCCGCCAAUAUCGAUCUCAUUUCCACCGCCAAUCCUCUUCUGGGAGUUCCAACAUGGACAAUGCAAUUUGUUCAAGCUCGAAAUCCAGCUUUGUGGCAACUGGUAUGCACACAAAGCGUGGCUCUGGCCGCCGUGUUGGGAGACCCCCCAAGCAGGUCACAGAAAAACCUGCCUUUAGCAGCUUCACGCCCCUGAAAGUGUCUCGUCCCCUGGCAAGCCAACAGCGCAAGCGUACCCCUCCAGCACCCACUACAUGGCCAGCUGGCAGCCCUUCCCAGCCAAGUGAGCAUUGCAUUCUGCCUGGCCCACUGCCAGCCUCUGAUGACACAGUGCCACUGAGCGCCUCAAGUGAGGCUGACCUCAUGCCGACAUCUUCACUGUGGUCACAAUCCCUCAUAGCUGACCCUCAAAGCAGUCCCUGCUUCAGCUCUUCACCAAUGUCAUCGCCCAUGAGUAAAUUUCAGCAGAAGGUUCAUUGCACAGGCAAUGACACACAAUUGACUCUGGAUGCUGCUGGUGAACUCCAGCUUGCACUCGAUGCAGGCUCGGUAAACAGCACAGCAGAAGAACGGCUUAAAGAGGAAGGCAAGUUUGUUAGCUUGGCAGAUGGCGGUGUCCGAACAAGCCAGCUACAAAAGAGCCUCCAGCCGUCGAAUCAGCUUCCAGCUGUGUGCUCAACACAAGCAGCAAAUAACCCAUUCUGCCAAAUGGUGUUGCCUGCCAGCCGUACUAUUUCCAUGGUUGUGACACCAACUAAGAUGGAGCUGCAUUCAGGACACUCUGGCAUUUGCAGCUUAAGUGGGCCACCCCUUGGCCCCACUGCAAGUGAGGAGCCACUGCAGUGUGCUCAAAGCAGAGAGUCCACUGCACUGGAAAUGCUCGCAGAGGCAUCAAGCACUCAUCGUGACGGUGAUAUUGUACGGGGAGUUGACACUUCUGUCUGUAGUACAUCACAGAUCCCACCUACAAGGACGUUGGGCACAUCCCAGGUUGUAAAAGGCAUGCCUAGCCGGUACAAAGCCUCCUUCUCGCUGCCUUCAACAGCAGCAACAAGAACAAGAAAAGUUCGAAUGCCACGUUUCUAUGACAGCUGAUGUAGCCUGGCAAUAAAAAUGUGUCAGAAAAAGAAAACGUCUUGAGUGGAAGUUACUGGCUAAAGUACCACGCCUCAGCUGCAGCAUAUUAGUCCAUUGUUGCCACACUCUCAGAGACUUGGCGCACAACCUUAAAAAAAAUGUAGGAAUGUGCGCACUGUGGAAUUUUUUUUUUUGCGUUGAAUGUGAAUUCAGUAUUCAUUAGAUACUGUACACCAGGAAUUAUAUUAAAAUGUAUGAAAAUAAAUAUGCUGCUACUUUAACGUGUUCA